UUAGCUUUUUGCACAAGAAAGAUAACAAAUAAAAAUAUGCCGAUCAUUAUAUAUAAUUAUUGUUAAUUGAUACAAAUAAAAAAAAAUAAAAUGCUAAAUAUAUUGGAACUUGAAUUAAAUGAUCGCCGCUACUACUUAUAAUUGAUGUCAAUCAUUCUUUCAUAUUAAUUAUUAUUAUUGAUUAUUACUAUUGAUUAACAAUAAUUUGUAAUUUAAAAGAUAUAACAUAUAUAAUAAAAUAUGAAAAUUCGUUCAAAAAGUGGAAUUUGUAAAUCGCGCGAUAAUUUUGGAGUAACCUAUCUAACUCAAAGUAUGACUUAACCUCUAUCUGCACUGUAUUAAUUUAUUUAUUUAUUUACAAUUUUUUAUCUAUUAAAUUAAAUGUUACUAUAUAUAUAACAUAACAUUAAUUAUUACAAUUAAACAAAUAUUUAUAUUAUUUUUAUUUCAUAUUUAUAUUUAAAUUAAUUGUAUUAUUGUAUUAAAUGUAAAUGUUAUUGUAUUUAUUUUUUUUAUAUAUUUAUUAUAAGAGAAUUAAUUUUCUUCAUUAUUUUGUCCAAGCAAAUUCUAUGAUAAGAUUACGUGGUGGCAGAGAUCAUAUUUGGAUGCCUUUACAUGUGGAUUCAAGUACAACGAAUGUAGCUUCUUUCAAUGGAAAAUUUCCAAAAAAAGUGUUUUAUCCACUAAAAGAUGUUUUUUUUCAAGAGAAGGAAAAAAGAAAAUUAGAAAAUAAUAAAAAUGAUAAACCAAUGGAAGUUAAUAAUAAUAAAAAAAAAAUAAAAUGUCUACCAAUAAAAUUUCAAAAAUUAAUGUUUUCAAGAAAUAAUACAAAAUCAAAUUGUCAUUUUAUACAAAAUAUUGAAAAAAAAACUGAUUCAUCAAAAGUAUUAAAUGUGAAAAAAAAUACUAAUUUUGAAUAGAAAAUACUUGAUGAUUCAAAGAAGAAGACAUUUCAAUCAAAUAUCAAAAAUAUUUUGCCAAGAAAAAACAAUAUAUUUGAUAAAAAGAAAUUUGAAAAUAUAAGUAGAGUUAGCAUUCUUCUUUUGUAUCUUCAUUUCUUGCUUUGUUAUUAUCUUUCUUUUUCAAAGACAAGUCAAUUUAUUGAACUUUUUGAAAUGUGUCCAGUUAAAGAUAAUGAAAAUUAAAUAUAUAUGUAUUUACAAUUAAAAAUAAAAUUUUGAAAAUUGUUGAAAUAUUGUUUCUUAAAAUAUAUAAAAUAUCUUUAUCUUUGGAAGAGGAAGUUUACAUAAAAAUGAAGAGUUAUGUAAUAACUAUGGUAAUAUUUUUAUUUAGUUUAAAAGAUAAAAUCAGUUACUGUUGCAAUAUUAAACAAAUAACAAGUAAUCAUAUAUAUAAUUAGUAAUAUUAAAUGUUGUAAACAUCAAAAUAAAUGUAAUAAUAAUCCUCAAGUGACA